GAGGGGAAAAAUGAGGUUUGUGUGAUUUUGCUAAAAUGCAUCACCAACAGCGAAUGGCUGCCUUAGGGACGGACAAAGAGCUGAGUGAUUUACUGGAUUUCAGUGCGAUGUUUUCGCCUCCCGUAAGCAGUGGGAAAAACGGACCAACUUCUUUGGCGAGUGGACAUUUUACUGGCUCAAAUGUAGAAGACAGAAGUACCUCAGGGUCCUGGGGGAAUGGAGGCCAUCCAAGCCCGUCCCGGAACUAUGGAGAUGGGACUCCCUAUGACCACAUGACUAGCAGGGAUCUUGGGUCACAUGACAAUCUCUCUCCACCUUUUGUCAAUUCCAGAAUACAAAGUAAAACAGAAAGAGGCUCAUACUCAUCUUAUGGGAGAGAAAACGUACAGGGUUGCCACCAGCAGAGUCUCCUCGGAGGGGACAUGGAUAUGGGCAAUCCAGGAACCCUUUCGCCCACCAAACCUGGCUCCCAGUACUAUCAGUAUUCUAGCAAUAACGCCCGGCGGAGGCCUCUGCACAGUAGCGCCAUGGAGGUGCAGACAAAGAAAGUCCGAAAAGUUCCUCCAGGUUUGCCGUCUUCAGUCUACGCUCCUUCAGCCAGCACUGCCGACUACAACAGGGACUCGCCAGGCUAUCCUUCCUCUAAGCCAGCAGCUAGCACUUUCCCUAGCUCCUUCUUCAUGCAAGAUGGCCAUCACAGCAGUGACCCUUGGAGCUCCUCCAGUGGAAUGAAUCAGCCUGGCUAUGGAGGGAUGCUGGGCAAUUCUUCUCAUAUUCCACAGUCUAGCAGCUACUGUAGCCUGCAUCCACACGAACGUUUGAGCUAUCCAUCCCACUCCUCGGCAGACAUCAACUCCAGUCUUCCUCCGAUGUCCACGUUCCAUCGUAGUGGCACAAACCAUUACAGCACCUCUUCCUGCACGCCUCCUGCCAACGGAACAGACAGUAUAAUGGCAAACAGAGGAACUGGGGCAGCAGGCAGCUCCCAGACUGGAGACGCUCUGGGGAAAGCCCUGGCUUCGAUCUACUCUCCUGAUCACACGAACAACAGCUUUUCCUCCAACCCUUCAACUCCUGUUGGCUCCCCUCCUUCACUCUCAGCAGGCACAGCUGUUUGGUCUAGAAAUGGAGGACAGGCCUCGUCAUCUCCCAAUUAUGAAGGACCCUUGCACUCGCUGCAAAGCCGAAUUGAAGACCGUUUAGAAAGACUGGAUGACGCGAUCCAUGUUCUCCGGAAUCACGCAGUGGGGCCGUCCACAGCUGUGCCUGGUGGCCAUGGGGAUAUGCAUGGAAUCAUCGGACCUUCUCACAAUGGAGCAAUGGGUAGCCUGGGCUCAGGGUAUGGAACUGGCCUUCUCUCAGCCAACAGACAUUCACUCAUGGUUGGGGCCCACCGUGAAGAUGGCGUGGCUCUGAGAGGCAGCCAUACUCUCCUGCCAAACCAGGUUCCAGUUCCACAGCUUCCGGUCCAGUCUGCAACCUCCCCUGACUUGAACCCACCCCAGGAUCCUUACAGAGGGAUGCCACCAGGCCUCCAGGGCCAGAGUGUGUCUUCUGGCAGCUCUGAGAUCAAAUCCGACGAUGAGGGUGAUGAGAACCUCCAAGACACCAAAUCUUCUGAGGACAAGAAAUUAGACGACGACAAGAAGGAUAUCAAAUCAAUUACUAGGUCAAGAUCUAGCAAUAACGACGACGAGGACCUGACCCCAGAGCAGAAGGCUGAGCGUGAGAAGGAACGGAGGAUGGCCAAUAAUGCCCGUGAGCGCCUGAGGGUCCGAGAUAUCAACGAGGCUUUCAAGGAGCUUGGCCGCAUGGUACAGCUCCACCUGAAGAGUGACAAGCCCCAGACCAAGCUCCUGAUUCUCCACCAGGCGGUAGCUGUCAUCCUCAGUCUGGAGCAGCAAGUGCGAGAAAGGAAUCUGAACCCAAAAGCUGCUUGUCUGAAAAGAAGGGAGGAAGAGAAGGUGUCCUCGGAGCCUCCCCCACUCUCCUUGGCUGGCCCGCACCCCGGGAUGGGAGACGCAGCAAACCACAUGGGACAGAUGUGAACGGGUACGCACUGGGUCCAAGUUGCCACCUUGCUUCAUUAAAACAAGAGACCACUUCCUUAACAGCUGUAUUAUCCUAAACCCACAUAAACACUGCUCCUUAACCCCGUUUUUUUUUUUUUUGUAAUAUAAGACAAGUCUGAGUAGUUAUGAAUCGCAGACGCAAGAGGUUUCAGCAUUCCCGAUUAUCAUAAAACAGAAAAAUAAACAAAAAAUGAAUGAAAGAAAAAGAAAGAAAGACAAAAAUGCAACUUGAGGGACAACUUCUUUAACAUAUCACUCUGAAUGUGCGAAGCGGUAUGUACAGCCCAGAGACUGAAUGGCAAUCCUCCCGCACUGUGGAGCAAUGCAUUUGUGCCUAAACUUCUUUUGGAAAAAAAAAAUAUAAUUAAUUUGUAAGUCUGAAAAAAAUAUUUAAUUUAAAAAAAUUGUAAACUUGCAAUAAUGAAAAAAGUGUACUUCUGAAGAAAACGACAUGAACGUUUUUGUUGGUACCCAAGUCAGCUAGUGUUUCUAAUUACCGGAUAUUGAAUAGGGGAAGCCCGGCUGCCCUCAUAACAAAACCAGCAAACGUCCUGAUGGCAACGAAAUGAUGACAUUAGCCAUUCCUUAGGGUAGGAGGGACAGAUGGAUGUUAUAGACCUAUGACAAAUAUAUAUAUAAAUAUAUAUAUAAAUAUAUAUUAAAAAUUUAGUGACUAUGGUAAGCUUUUGUUCAUUUGUUUCAGACUUUUUUCUCCUGUAAAAAAAUAGUACUGAUUAACUUUUUUAAAAGAAAGAUUUUACUGUAAAUAUGGAUUUUUUUUUGUCUGAUUUUUGUCCCCUCCCCUGGUUUGUUAUCGUAACCUGUAGUGCCAACUCUGCUUCCGGAGGGGCAGUGCAGGACGAAAUGCUGACCUGAUGUUGCUUCUCAUUCAUAAAUAGUAGAAAGUUGUUUCUGCAGUCUUAUGGGAACACAGGACUUAAAAGUCACAUCAUGUGUAGAAAUUACACGCAGCAUUGCCCAGGCAAGGCAAAAAGCGUUUGUCUGGCUGUGGCGCUGCCCUUGUUACCCUCUCCUGGGAUUUUCAGAGGUACACGGUUAGAAUGCUACAAUGUUACCACUGUGCCUUCCAAUGUUUAUAUCAUCGGAAACAUAAUCAAAGUGGCUGUGAUUUAACAAAAACGAUUCAAGUGUUACCUACCUGUGUAGCCGAAGUAGUGUGCAGUGAGACGUUUCUGAAUACAUGGUCAGAUUUUUUUCGAAAAAAUACAAAAAAAAAAUUAAAAAAAAAAGUCAAGUUCAAAAACCGUCAAAUGAGAAAAUUGCAAGGAGUGUGACAGAGCUGAUUGAUUUUGUUGCUUUCUUGAUUUUUUUUUCAAAAUGGGUUUACUAAAAAAGUAGAUGACUUACCUGCCUCCUCCUUCGUCUGGAAAACAAAAAACAAAAAACAAAACAAACAAAAACAACAACAACAACAACGCCAACCAAUCACGCAGCAUUAUAACAAGCCUUAUAAGCCCUAAAGCAUUAAGUUGCACUUUCGUGAGGAGGGGUAGCACAGUAUUCUCUCUGGCCAGUAUGAGUGAAGUUUAUACUUAACAUUUGAUAGAAACAUAGAUCAAACUAUGGCACAGCAACUCAUCAGAUAGCUAGCGUUGACUCUGGGCACAAUUGAACCAAUUCCCAUCCUAAAUCUUUCCAACAAUUGACUUUGGUGUGUAGUGCAGUGAACACAUAGGACUCCUGCUUAAGUAUUUGUCAGCAUCCUUUUGUCUCUAACUCAGUUCUGUUUUGACAGCCACACAAUCUUGGCAUGUAUUAAGAAAAAAAUCCCUGUUGAAGUAGUUUUUCCACCUAUCAGCACUGAGUAAAUGCCAUAACUCCAUGGAAAUGGUCUGAACGCCCCCGUUUGUUGUCCUGAACUACCAGUUACAUAGUGAUGAAACACAUCUGUAAAUUUUAUGCAACCAAUGGCAAACCUAUCAUUAUUUUGAAACUGUGUAUGUAAAAGUUAUAUUUUUACAUGUAGACUCUUGUUAUUAUGUGUUUUAAUACAUUGUAUCAGGUUUUUUUGUUGUUUUUUUAAAUUGUGUGGUUUUUAAAAGUCAUUUAAAUGAAAUAGUGAACUACAAGAA